UAUGAGAAUAUUUUUGAUGACGAUAAUCUUCAUAGGUGCUCUAUUUCAGCAGAUUCUCAAUUUGGAAAUAGUGGGAGUGAAGACUCGUCAGAUGAUGAAAAUCUGGAUAUGAAGGACAAUGGUUAUCAUGAUGCUGAAAAUGAGGUUGACCCAGACACCGACGAUGAUUGUGAGCGUGUAUUGAGUGGAAAAUUAAGCGAAAGCAGUGGCUCUGCUGCCAGUGAUCUCUAUGAUUAUAAGGGUUUCGGCGGUGAUGAUUCAGAUGUUGGAUCGCCUAGGGAUAGUCGUGUACAAGGAGUGACGUUAAAACCAACUGUAGAUACUCAGCCCCUUGCAGGUUCUAAUGUUCCAUUCAGCGAACAGCUGGAAAGAUGUGGAAAUGAGGUUGAUGUUCCUUGUGAAUUAGCUAGUAGUGAGUCUCAGCGGUCUAUGGGUGAAAUACUCUCAUCUAAGGAUCCUGGGCCACCUCAUGGUGUCUCCGGACCUGAUUCACGUGCAGACAAGACUAGCAGCAAGCUAACUCCUUCUACCCUGAAUGUCAAAAGAUCAACCUUUUGGGGGAGAAACAAUGUGAUUGUCGAUAGGCUCGCUAUACAGAGACUUGAGAUUACCAAAAAUGACUUGCGCCAUAGGAUUGCGAAGGAAGCAAGAGGAAAUGCAAUUCUGCAGGCGAGCUUGGAGAGACGGAAGCAAGCCUUGCAUGAGCGCCGCUUGGCUCUUGAGCAAGAUGUUGCAAGACUACAAGAACAGCUACAAGCUGAGAGGGAUCUAAGAGCUGCACUGGAAGUUGGUUUGAGCAUGUCUUCCGGACAAUUGUCGGGCUCUCGUGGUAUGGAUUCCAAGACUAGGGCUGAGCUCGAAGAGAUAGCCCUGGCAGAAGCAGAUGUGGCUAGAUUAAAGCAGAAAGUUGCUGAGUUGCAUCAUCAACUUAAUCAGCAACGGCAGCAUCACUAUGGCUCACUAUCUGAUGCUUGUGAUCGACUUCAACAUGGGCAAAACCAUAAUUCUCAACUGAAGUAUUUUCAGCAAGAUUUUGACGCAACACUUGCUUUCUGUAAUCAUGAAAGAAGACAAAGAAGUGAGGAAUUUCUGGGUGCAGAUAUGAGGAAUGUUAAAGGACAAGUACUGAAAUCUGGCCCCAGCAGUAGACAACCUGCUCGAAAGCUAUUUCUUGAUACAACCUUAAGUGAUUCCAAGAGUACUGAGGCUUCAACUAGUUUAUCCUUGGAUGAACUCGGUGCCAUUGAUUCUCCUUCCGUGCAUUCUACUUCAAGGACCGCUGAGGCGAUGGAUUAUAGCCAACAUCCCUCAGCUGCAUCUUCCACUUUGGUAGAAUUAACAACGCGUCUGGACUUCUUCAAAGAAAGACGGUCACAGCUCAUGGAGCAACUCCAUAACCUCGACUUAAACUAUGGAUCAACAUCUCAAGACUUUAUGUACAAACCUUCAUCUCCGUCAUGGAACUGACUAAAAUUUUUGUACGAGGCACGUGAAGGGAAGCAGCCGAUAUCUCAGCAUUUGUACAUCCUCUGUAUCAUAGCAUAUAACUCUCUCAUGUACUUUAUGUACUACCAGAUGUACCCUUUUGUUUCUUCCACUUCUUUUCUGGUUUUAGUUAUAUCAUUCAUUCUGAAUUACACCGAAAAAAUAAAUAAAUACUUUUUGCUGUAUAAUAGUAGGACAUGUGUCUUACCGAAUG